AUGAAGAGAGCCAGAGCCCAGGAGAAACUGUUGGUAAAGGUGCUUCCCAGUUGCAGCAGAAGAGACCCCGGUGGCAGUGGAGGGGGAAGAGUGACGUUGGGCUCCAGCUUCACCAGACCUCAGAGUGGACCCAGCGGCUCCUGCUCCACCAGCGGCUCCUGCUCGUGCUCUAGCUCCUGCAGCUGCAAGAACUGCAAGUGCACCUCCUGCAAGAAGAGCUGCUGCCCCGUAGGCUGCUCCAAACGUGCCCAGGGCUGUGUCUGCAAAGGCGCCCUGAACAAGUGCAUGUGUUGUGCCUGAUGUGAGGAACAGUGCUGUCCCCACCUGUAAAUAAGACCCAGACCAACCCAGAGUCUUCCAUAGCUCCACCCUAUUUACUAAACCCUGUUUUCUACCGAGUAUGUGAAUAAUAAAAGCCUGUUUGAUUCUAAAAAAAAAAAAAAAAAAAAAAAAA